AUGGAAGCCUUCAGGAACCGUAUUAAAGCUCCGCUAGCAGACCGAGGUGAAGAUUACCUCUAUGGCUUCAGGGGAAUUCAUGUACAUGUAUGUUUUCAAAGUUUUAAAAAAGUGGAAGAUUAGUGGAAGAUUUGUAAUGUAUUUUGCACUGAAAACCUUCCACCUAACUUCCACUUUAAAAAUGUCUUAAAAUUGCCUAAAAAUGACUUUUUGACACUUUUUAGAAGUGGAAGUUUGGUGGAAGAUUUUCAGUGCAAAAUACCUUACAAAUCUUCCACUCAACUUCCACUUUUUAAAAAUGCAAAAAUUUUAUUUCCAGUGACAAAAAAUUCUAAAAUAUGAUGUUUACCGCCAUUUCAGGACCUAGUAAAGAUAGUAUGUGGAGUGACAGCGGGGAUCUGGUUGAUUUUGGCAGUCGUAUCAAUACCUACAUUACAUUGGCUAGUGUUCCUUUUAUGUUUCGGGGGUGUGUGCAUAAACUUGGUUGCGAUUUUGGCAAAUCUACGACAAAUUGACAUUGGUUACUUUGCAUUUUUAAUUGUGACAGUAUGUUUUGCAAUUUUAGAAAAUUUUAUUUUUGAAGGUACUAGUAGUGCCAUUGGUACCACUUUUGGUUUUUAUAGUGUAAUGAAGUGCCAGUGGUAUUGCUUUUCAGUAUUUUUAAAAUUUUUUUAUUUGUUUGAAAAAUUAUGGCACUUUUUAAGGAGUGGAAUUUGAAUGGAAGAUUUGUAAUGUAUUUUGCACUGGAAAUCUUCCACUCAACUUCCACUUUUUAAAAAAGUCCUUUUUAGGUUUUGUAAAGAAAGUUAUUGCCAUUUUGCGAUCUGUUAACGAUUUUUUUGUCAUUUUACAGCUUGUAAACAAUCAUUUUGGAUUAAAAACUCGCAUUUUAGCUCUUCAUAGUAUUCGCCUUGAUCUGGUCGAUAAUCUAUAACCUGAUCGCCGAACUCUACACCGUUGGCUUCGUAUUCUUCUUCAUUCUGCUAUUACUAGCGUUCGCAUUCACAUUAUAUGGCUGGAGCGUGGUUUACCGUGAUUAUCGACACGUUUUCGAGAACGAGGCCCAACAACCAAAGUACUUUGGGCUUUUGCGAGAACAAAUUAUUGCGCUAAUGCGUUGA